AAGGUAGUAUGAUGUCCUCCAACAGAGUGGUUCAUUUGUUACAACUGAUGAGCCUACACUGGCACAUCAUUAUCACUCCAAGUACACGGGGUGUUGUACAUUCUGUGGGUUCGUGCAGCUGUGUCAUGUGCAAAUAAUAGUAUCAACCACUAUAGUAUUAUGUGGAAUGGCUUUAGUGCCCUAAACGUCCUCCGUGCUCUACCUAUCCAUCCCUCCCUCUCCCCAACUCCUGGCAUAGAGUCCAUUACUACAUUGGAACGUAUUGCAUUUAAGGAUCCUGGAGUAUGGAAGUCAGUGGUGGUCAAAUUUUAAUUAAAAAAAAUUUUUUUAAGCCAACAGGACCCUUUCAUCAAAGAAGCCUCACUAAGUAAAGCUGAAUGAAGCAGGGCUGCUUUGGUGGAUGGUGGCUUCUGCAGAGGGACAGAGUUGAGGCUUUGCCCUUCCCCUGGCGUCCAGCUCCGCCCUGCUGCUCUCUUGUCGCUGCCACUGACUGAGUCUCUCUGCUGUCUCCAGAAUUCUGAAGAACACUGUUUACAGACUGCACGAGUUGGCCAGCCCCUUGUAGAGCCUAAGAGAAAGUCAACCCAGUUCCCAACUGCAAUUGGUCAGUUACUUCCAGAAGAAAAGAAAGACCUAUGACAUCCCUGGAGAGUUCUUACCUAUGACAUCCCUGGAGUGUUACUUGCUGCAAUCAUCCCUCAGGCCCUGCAGGCAAUAACGGGCUGUCUAUCCAGUUCCUGUUUGCCCUGGACACCUGCAGUUCACCUCUUAUGCACUCCAGCACCCCCAUCAGCUCCCUCUUCUCCUUCACUAGCCCAGCAGUGAAGAGACUGCUAGGCUGGAAGCAAGGAGAUGAAGAGGAAAAGUGGGCAGAGAAGGCGGUAGACUCGUUAGUGAAGAAAUUAAAGAAGAAGAAAGGAGCCAUGGAUGAGCUGGAGAGGGCCCUCAGCUGUCCAGGGCAGCCCAGCAAAUGUGUGACAAUUCCCCGGUCCCUGGACGGGCGGCUGCAGGUGUCCCACCGCAAGGGUUUGCCCCAUGUCAUUUAUUGCCGAGUGUGGCGCUGGCCUGACCUCCAGUCUCACCACGAGUUGAAGCCGCUGGAGUGCUGUGAGUUCCCAUUUGGCUCCAAGCAGAAAGAGGUGUGCAUUAACCCCUAUCACUACCGCCGGGUGGAGACUCCAGUGCUGCCGCCUGUCCUCGUGCCAAGGCACAGUGAAUAUAACCCCCAGCUCAGCCUUCUGGCCAAGUUCCGCAGCGCCUCCCUCCACAGUGAGCCUCUCAUGCCGCACAACGCCAUCUAUCCGGACUCUUUCCAGCAGCCUCCGUGCUCUGCCUUCCCUCCCUCGCCCGGGCCCGGGCACGUGUUCUCACAGUCCCCAUGCACCGCCGGCUACCCUCACUCCCCAGGAAGCCCCUCGGAGCCAGAGAGCCCCUAUCAACACUCAGUUGACACACCACCCCCGCCUUAUCAUGCCACGGGAGCCCCAGGGACCCAGAAUGGCCGACCCGUAGAUGCCACAGCUGAUAGUCAUUUAGUCCUGUCAGUGCCUAAUGGAGACUUUCGGCCAGUUUGCUAUGAGGAACCACAACACUGGUGCUCAGUCGCCUACUAUGAACUCAACAACCGGGUUGGGGAGACGUUCCAGGCCUCCUCCCGAAGCGUGCUUAUCGAUGGAUUCACAGACCCUUCAAAUAACAGGAAUCGAUUCUGUCUUGGACUUCUUUCUAAUGUAAACAGAAACUCAACAAUAGAAAACACCAGGAGACACAUAGGAAAGGGUGUGCACUUAUACUACGUCGGGGGCGAGGUGUACGCGGAGUGUGUGAGCGACAGCAGCAUCUUUGUACAGAGCCGGAACUGCAACUAUCAGCACGGCUUCCACCCGGCCACCGUCUGCAAGAUCCCCAGCGGCUGCAGUCUCAAGAUCUUCAACAACCAGCUCUUUGCUCAGCUGCUGGCUCAGUCAGUUCACCACGGAUUUGAAGUCGUCUAUGAGUUGACUAAGAUGUGCACUAUCCGCAUGAGCUUUGUUAAGGGCUGGGGAGCUGAGUAUCAUCGCCAGGAUGUCACGAGCACCCCCUGCUGGAUUGAGAUUCAUCUUCAUGGACCACUGCAGUGGUUGGACAAAGUUCUGACUCAGAUGGGCUCUCCACAUAACCCGAUUUCUUCAGUGUCUUAACAGCCAGUCAUGUCUUAAGCUACAUUUCUAUAGAAUAGAUGCUUUUGCAGGCAGUGGCUUACAUAGCAUUUCAGAUCUGCAAUUAACUGAGGUUUCUAAGUACAUAAUGUAAAUACAUAUAAUAUAUACUAUUCGUAUUUUUUAUCACCGGUUGUUUUGUGCUAGAAUUUCUAGUUAACCUGAUGCCAGUACAACGUGAUUAGAAAAGCAGGUUUUUCAUGCCUAUGCUAUAAGAAGAAGCGGCUUCUUUUGUGGGAGGAAAUAAAUGAAAGGCACUUGCGUCAAUAGAAUUUGAAAAAUGUUGGCAGGAAAAAAAGGCAGCAUUAGUCAGCCGUGUCAUUAUAAGGCAUGUUGUGUGGCCUACCAGAAAAAUAUCAAAACUGUUUAUAUCUUACAAAUCAGGGUACUAGCAGCACUAGAGAAAGUGACACUUUCAGACAAAAGAAAGCAGUCAAACCCGUAACAUUUAAACAAUCUCACUUUUAGUGCUAUUGGCAAGAAGAAGAAGAAAAAAAAAAGCUUGUAAAAUUAAUUAUGUAAGAUAAGUCACGUAAAUUAUUUUAUUUCCCAAGUUGAAAUACCUAUAACUGGACUGUUGUGCUGAUAUUAAUGGUACAUUUGAAACAGAUUUAAACUGUGAUUGGAAAAGAGACUGUGAAGCUGGGAGUCAUGUUGCCUCAUGAUCUACCACUGUAAAAAUAAAAAUAAUGAGUCUAAUACAUGGGAAGAUUCAUAUGAAAAUAGCAUGAAAUGAGCUGUAUCCCCAAAUUGCAAAAUAAAACCAGAACUUAGUCCGAAAAUCACCCAGGGAGACCUCCACAUCGGAAAUCGGGCCCCUGUUUUCCUGGUUAUUCCAGUCAAGCAAUCUGGCUGAUGUCCGAGUCUGCAUAGUGAGUUAAAGGACCGUGUGUGUAAAUCCUAGGUGGAGAAAAAGCAGUAAAGUAAGAGGGUUGGACAAAAGCAUCGUAUGUUUAAUCACACCUUCUCACAUUCCCACUGGAAGACUUCGUGGCGAGGGCAUUCCUUUUGCCUUAUUUCCCCUACAUGUUGGCACAUACUAUUUACAGAUGACUAAAACAGUGGUGAAGCCUUUGGGAAAAUCUGGACACAUUGCUGGGGUCAAAUUUAUGAGUUAUAUAACUUAGUGUCUCGAUCUGCUGGUCACAGCUGGUAGCCUCUUAUAAAGCUGAAGCCUCAUACCUGGAAAUAACUUCCCAAAUAAAAUAAUAAUUUCGUAACCCCUAUAAUUUCUGGGGAGCAGUGGUACUGAAGAGUGGGACAUUUAAAAUAUAUAUGUACGGUAUUAAAAACCUGUUCUUAUUUACUCUUGGAUGAUAAAGAGAGGAGAGGAUAAUUCCCCACAUUUCUAGGUACUUUCAUAUAUAAGUAUGUAUAUAUAUAUAUAUAUAUAUAUAUAUACACAUAUAUAUAUAUAUAUAUAGUUCUCACCCACUGAACACUGCAUUGCUUCGAAAAAUAUUUCACACCCUCUUAAAAAUGUAUAAUUUAAGAAGGUAAUUAUGCUUGUAACAGACGGUACUUCGGUAAUCCAAGAGGUUUCUUCAUUUAUGCAUUCUGUCUCAACUCUUUUCAGCAUUAGUGCACACAAUAGUUGCUUCUCAUUAAAUUGUAUUCAAGGUAGACAUGAUCCUGUGAAAAAGAUAUAUACGAGUGAGCUUCUACUGUCACCUCUUGUAAGGACUAGUGUUACCUAAUAGAAACUUUCAUAUAUGCAAUAGAAAAUAGUACAUUCUACGUUAAAACUAGGUGGUCCAUUUAGUGUUUAGAAAACCCCGUAGUUCAUUGGUUCAACUAUGUAUUGUGCCCCUAUACAGGCCGGAUACAGUGUUAGGUACUGUGGACUCAAAUGUAAACCAGAGACAGCGCCAGGCUCUGGAGCUGAGAGUCUUGUUAGGAAACCUGUGUAGACAUCUUCAUGUUUCAGAACUUUUAAAACAAAACAAAACUUAAUGAUCUUUCUUCCGCUCGAAAAAAUGUAACUGAUUUCUUAAUUAUCUCUAUUUUGAAACUUAUUUCCCUUCUCUUCUGAGCAAUCAGGUAAGAGAUGAAGUCUUCCUUGGAGAAAUUCUGCUUUUCUUCAGCGCCCCAAAGUUGUUUGUUUUCUCCCCUUACUUCCCUAUUUUCCAGUUUUUUUUCCAUUUCCUCUUUUCUUGGAAAAGGCAUUAAAACGGUGAGUCUUCCUCACAUGAGUACAGCUCUGUGAGAGCAUAAGUACACAUGGUUUUUGCUCCGGAGACCUAACAUAGCUUUCUUGAUCUCUUUACAGAUGCUCAAACUCAUCCUCUGAUAACCUUAUACCUUUACAGAAUUAAUCAUAACUGGUCACUUAUAAAUUACAUUUAAAAAAAUUAACAAACCUGGAUGUUCAUGCAGGUUUGGUAAAACCAGGACAAAAUAUUCCAGUGAGCCUGUGUUAAUCCUUUGAAAAACAAAUGAUUAAAGUGGUACAUUUGCAUCAUCACCGGUCCUCUCUCACCAAAAGUCCGAAUUAGGAUACGAGUGAAAUUCAGAAAAGUUAACCCUCCGAUCACUGUAACUAGUCACGUUCUCAUCAGGCUUUUAACAUUUUUGCUGGCAGGAAUUGUCCAAAGUUGUAAUGUAGCAUUUUCUUUCAGACUUCCACGUUUGCUCAUGUAGCAUUCAUUCCUUUAGAUGGACAAUCCCCCAAAAAUGUAAUAGCAUUCCUUUAUAGGAUAACUAGCAAAGUGGACAUGCUAAGCCAUUUAAAGGCACCAACAAUGCCAAACAUUUUUAAGGUUGCCAUGGACAAGGGUCGUGCAAUACAGAACAACGUUUUGGCCUGCUCUGAAGACCCAGAACAUUUGUUGUGUUGUUCAAGCCUGUUUUCUGUUCUUUUCCUGUUUAAAAAUUGAGAUGUGAGAAGUUUGCUUUAGUUAGAUGAUAUUUUACUAUCUGCCAGUGCUUUGGAACUAUAAAGAUGUCACUUUUCAACACAUUUACCUUAUUUUUUUUUUUUUUACAUCCAGUAUAAAUCAGGAAAAGUUGAACAACAACAUAGCACUAACACUUAGAAUCCCCUUUUCAUUGUCUUCUAAGGGAUUAGAAGCAACAACAAAAGCAUUUUCUAAAUAUCACCUGCUAGACUUUAAGCACCUGCUUAACUUUGAAUGUGUCCUGAAUAUUUGGUAUGUAUAUUCAACAACUAAAGCAAACUAUAAUGUGCAUUCCAAAUUUGUCUUCCCCUGUUAUGAUUUAGCAGUUGAACUGUAUGACAAGACUAGGGGAUCCUGACAUAUGUUCAAAUUAAUGUAACACAAACCAACAAGAAAAGAAACCAUUUCUAUUUAAGUAAUGCUUUUGAUGAUCAUAUCUAGGCUUCAAUUAUCCUUCAAAUGCACACUUAUACUGUUAUGUGAUUGUUUAUAAUAAACAAUACUGUACCUAUA